AAAGGCAACUAUCAACUUCCGGUACACGAUCGCUGACUGACUUUGAUGUCAGUUUUUUUGCAUUUAUUACAUUUUCAGUUCGUUAAACAAACUUCAACUAGAAGACGCGAAGCAAAUGGUGAAAGUAGUUUUCUUGCACCCCGAUCUAGGCAUCGGAGGUGCUGAAAGAGCGGUGGUGGACGCAGCACUAGCGUUGAAAUCUCGGGGACACAAAGUCGAAUUUGUGACAGCUCAUCACGAUCCCAACCAUUGCUUCCAAGAGACGAAAGAUGGUAACUUUACAGUUACUGUUGCUGGUGAUUGGCUUCCAAGGAAUAUUUUUGGACGGUUUUAUGCAGUGUGUGCUUAUAUAAGGAUGGUAUAUGCAGCCAUAUACCUUGUGUUAUUUAGUGACAUAUGCUAUGAUAUAAUCUUUUGUGACCAAAUUUCUGCCUGUUUGCCAAUUUUACGGUGUUCCAGUGCUAAAGUAUUAUUCUAUUGUCAUUUCCCCGACAUGCUGUUAGCAAAGCAUGACAGUUUAUUGAAAAGAAUAUACAGGGCGCCACUGGAUUUGUUAGAAGAAUGGACAACCGGACUCGCCCAUGUUGUGCUUGUAAACAGCAAAUUCACAGCAUCUGUAUUUAAGAAAACAUUUCGAAGUCUCUCUUCGUGUGAGCCAGCUGUACUGUAUCCUAUACCUGACUUCUCAGCAUUUCAAAAACCUGUCGCACAACCUACUGAUGACCUAAUUCCUAGCAACAAGAAGUUAAUCUUCCUUUCCAUCAACCGAUAUGAGCGAAAAAAAAAUCUUGCCCUGGCAAUUCAAGCUUUUGGUCAACUAAAGGACAAGAUAUCCAAAUCUCAGGGCGAUGGAAUCCACCUUGUUAUGGCCGGAGGGUAUGAUGAAAGAGUUACUGAAAACAAGGAGCACUACCUUGAACUUCAUCAUCUCUGUGAAAAAUUUGGGGUCACAGAUGAUGUUACAUUCUUGAGGUCGUUUAGUGAUGCUCAGAAACUCACGCUUUUGCAGUAUUGUCAUUGCCUUCUGUACACUCCUGAUAACGAGCACUUUGGCAUAGUGCCGAUUGAAGCCAUGUACAUGCGUUGCCCAGUCAUUGCCUGUAAAAGCGGAGGACCGUUAGAAACUGUGGUGGACGGCAAGACUGGGUUCCUUCGUGAAGGCAGGCCGGAUCAGUUUGCAGAGGCAAUGGAAAGAUUUGUUGACGAUCCAAAACUGGGAAAAUCACUAGGGGAAAAUGGCAGAAAACAUGUGGAACAGAAAUUUUCCUUUAAAACAUUUACUGACCAGUUAGAUGAGGUUAUUACUGAUUUGGUUAAGUAAGAUAUAUGAUGCUAUUUUCAGUUGGAAUGUCACACAAAUGAAUGCAGAUAAUGUUCAACGCUAGAGAAUAAGUUUCGCACUUAAGUAAACUUCCAUCAUUUUCAUUGCAGUUGGAUUGUAUACAUGUAUAUUUUGACAGCAGUUAAGUUAAUGUCUAUAUUAAAUAUGCAUGUGCUUAGCUACAUUCUUGUAUAUUAAAUGCAUUUUUUUGGAAAAAUAAUUUAUUCAAGUUCAUUAAUUUAUUUUUCACUGGUGAUGGUUAUACAUGUAUGUACAUAUUUACAAUGCAUAGCAAAAUAAUUAUGUUUAAACAAUAUUUUAUUGGUGUUAGUAAUUAAAGAUGUAUAAAUACAAUA